AUGAGACUGCUCAAUCGACUAUGGGCCAUGACAGCCCUCGCGGUAUCGACAAUUGCUGCUCCAACACCGAAUCGGGCGUUGGUGUCGAGAGCGGUUUCCUCCGAUAUCCUGCAACAACUCGAACUCUUCGCACAGUACUCAGCAGCAUCCUACUGCGAGAGAAACAUCAACUCCGCCGGCGACAAACUAACCUGCAAAGCUGGAAACUGCGCCAUCGUGCAAGAAGCCGAAACCACCACGCUUUAUGAGUUUGAAAACGAAAACGACGUCGCCGGCUACCUCGCCGCAGACACAACGAACAACCUCCUUGUCCUGUCCUUCCGCGGCUCUCGCACAAUAGAUAAUUGGAUCGAUAACAUAGAUUUCAUACAAGAGGACAUCACUGAUGUCUGCAACGACUGCUGGGCGCACGGCGGGUGGUGGGAUGCGUGGCAGGAGGUUGCGGACGAAUUGUCUGGGCAGAUCAAAGAUGCUGUGAACCAGUAUCCGGAUUAUAAAAUGGUGUUUACGGGGCAUAGUCUGGGUGGUGCGCUGGCGACUAUUGCGGCGACUGUGCUCAGAAACGAAGGAUAUACCAUCGACUUGUACACCUAUGGCUCCCCGCGCGUCGGCAACGAAGCUCUAUCCGAAUACAUAACCGCCCAAGGAACCCUGUACCGCGUUACACACACCAACGAUGUCGUCCCCAAGUUGCCCCCGCCCAUAGGGUACGCCCAUCCAUCACCAGAGUACUGGGUUACGAGCGGUAAUUAUGAGACGGUGACCACGGAGGAUGUUGAGGCUAUUGAGGGGACGAAUUCGACUGCUGGGAACGCGGGGACAGACGGGGUGAGUGUGAUUGCUCAUUUGCAUUAUUUUGGGAACAUUGCUGGCUGUAUUUGA